GUGCUGUUCUUGUGGGAGGUGUAGGAGCCUCGCGAUAGUAUUGACGCCUAUGGAAAGGUUAGAUUGGUAGGCCACUCCAGACGCACUGCAGGGGUGUAGGGAGGUUUGUGUUAAAAAUGUCCACAUUUGUGGCAUGGCCUGGAAAGUGCCCGAUGGAUUGACUGACGCUAGAGAUUUUCAAGUUUCGAAAAUGACAGGAUUUCAUGAUCACUGACGCCCGUGUCUAUUUGCUUUCUCUCGUCGAAAAGUAGCUUGAUGAGUGUCCAAAGUAACAGUGGAAGUUUGGAGGGGACGCCAUCUUGGUCCCAGUUAUCCACGUCCCCAACAUCGGGCUUAAUUUCUCAGCAAAAUAUCACGGUACCGGUGAAGGCCAAGGAAGGUGGGAUGGAGGAGCUGCACAGCCUGGAUCCUCGGCGGCAGGAGUUGCUGGAGGCGCGCUUUAUGGGGGGGGUGAGUGGAAGCACAGGGAGCACCGGGAGCACCAGCGGGGGGGCCACCAAGGGCUUGACAAACAAUGAAUGUUCGAACCACAGUUUUGGAAGUCUUGGUUCCUCAAGUGACAAGGAAUCUGAGACCCCUGAAAAGAAGCACUCGGACUCCUCGCGAGGGAGGAAGAGAAAAGCGGAGAAUCAGUCGGAGAGCAGCCAAGGGAAGACCGUUGUACGGGGAUCCAAAAUUAGCGAUUACUUUGAUUUCCAGGGUGGAAAUGGGUCAAGUCCGGUGAGAGGCCCGCCCAUAGCUCUCCGCUCUCCCCAAAACUCACAUUCCCAUAGUGCACCGGCUUCCACAAUUAGACAAAAUAGUUCAUCACCUACAAGUUUGUCAUUCGGGGACCAUAUGAUGCAUUCAAAACAGUUAUCAAUUAAGAGUGUCCAGACUGACCUUACUGUUCUGAAGUUGGCCGCGCUUGAAAGCAACAAAAACCAGGACCUGGAGAAAAAAGAGGGGAGAAUAGAUGACUUGCUUAGGGCAAACUGUGACCUUAGGAGACAAAUUGAUGAACAGCAAAAAUUACUUGAAAAGUAUAAGGAACGCUUAAAUAAAUGCAUCACCAUGAGCAAGAAGCUGCUAAUUGAAAAGAGCACGCAGGAGAAGCAGGCGUGCAGGGAGAGGAGCAUGCAGGACCGCCUGCGGCUGGGGCACUUCACCACCGUGCGCCACGGAGCGUCCUUCACCGAGCAGUGGGCCGACGGCUUCGCCUUCCAGAACCUGGUCAAGCAGCAGGAGUGGAUAAACCAGCAGAGGGAGGAAAUUGAGAGGCAAAGGAAGCUGUUGGCCAAGCGGAAACCCCCCACGGCGAACACCUCCCAGGCCCCCGCCACCAACUCCGAGCCCAAGCAGCGCAAGGCCAAGGCGGUGAACGGCGCGGACAACGACACCUUUCUGAAGCCCAGCCUGCCCCAGCUGUUGACUUUAGCCGAGUAUCACGAGCAGGAGGAGAUAUUCAAACUUCGGCUCGGCCACCUCAAGAAGGAGGAGGCUGAGAUUCAGGCGGAGCUGGAGCGGUUGGAGCGCGUGCGGAACCUGCACAUCCGGGAGCUGAAGAGGAUUAACAACGAGGACAGCUCACAAUUCAAAGACCAUCCCACCUUGAAUGAAAGGUAUCUACUGCUACAUCUUCUGGGAAGAGGUGGCUUCAGUGAAGUGUAUAAGGCCUUUGACUUGUUCGAGCAGCGAUAUGCAGCGGUGAAAAUACACCAACUCAACAAGAACUGGAGAGAGGAGAAAAAGGAGAACUACCACAAGCACGCCUGUCGCGAGUACCGGAUACACAAGCAGCUGGACCACCCUCGGAUCGUGAAGCUCUACGACUACUUCUCCCUGGAUACGGACACGUUCUGUACGGUGUUGGAAUACUGUGAAGGCAACGACUUGGACUUCUACUUGAAACAGCACAAACUCAUGUCAGAGAAGGAGGCCCGCUCCAUUGUCAUGCAGAUUGUGAAUGCACUACGAUACCUGAAUGAAAUCAAGCCACCCAUAAUCCACUAUGACCUAAAGCCAGGUAACAUCCUCCUCGUGGAUGGCACGGCCUGCGGGGAGAUCAAGAUCACAGAUUUCGGUUUGUCCAAGAUCAUGGAUGACGACAACUACGGAGUGGAUGGCAUGGACCUGACGUCACAGGGCGCGGGGACGUACUGGUACCUGCCGCCUGAAUGCUUCGUUGUGGGCAAAGAACCUCCAAAGAUUUCUAACAAGGUGGAUGUCUGGUCCGUGGGCGUCAUCUUCUUCCAGUGUCUGUAUGGAAGAAAGCCGUUUGGCCACAACCAAUCACAGCAGGACAUCCUGCAGGAGAACACCAUCCUCAAAGCCACCGAAGUCCAGUUUCCUGUCAAGCCUGUCGCCACUAAUGAAGCGAAGGCGUUUAUACGACGCUGUCUGGCGUACAGGAAGGAGGACCGCUUCGAUGUUCACCAGCUGGGCAGCGACUCUUACCUCCUGCCGCACAUGAGGAGGUCCAACUCCUCAGGGAACCUGCAGCUGGCGCUAUCUGGAGGCUCAGCCCCACCCCCCUCCAGCAUCAUCCCCUACUGAGGGGCCCCCACACUGACUGACUGACUGAUAGCUCCCACUGCUCCGCCCACUGCCCUGCCUGCAGCCCCUUGUACAGGUGCAGGCAUGAGAGGGGAGGAAGUUGCCCCGCCCCUUCGUUAUGUGAUUGGUCCAGGCCCCCGGGGCUGUUGCCAUGGGGAUUACGCAGAGUAGACUUGGGGUAGCUCUGUGCUUGGGCUGUACUGGGUUAGGUACGGGGCGGUGGAGAAGGGGAUAAAGUCGGAUAAGACUUUGCAGGUGGCUUCUCAGACACUUUUUGAAGGUUGAAUUAUAGAGCACUGCAACAAAGUAGCUUGAAAAUGAUUGUUGUAAUUGGAGAUUUCUUGCUGGUCGUGUGAUUCUGAAGGGAGACAUGGCAGCCUGCCGUUUAGAGAGAAUCAACUUGGAGCCUCCCAGGGGCCUGGGUUCUGAAGUUUACAUGAGGACCUACAGAGGUUUUAUUGUCAACUGAGCAGUAAUGUCCCCAAUGUUUUUUUUUUUUUUUUUUUCUUUUAUUCUUUUCUCAUGACUAGCCAUGGGAAUUGUUGAGCAUACAGGUAACAUCGCGUAUCAUUAAUGCCCAGACAGCAUCACUGUGCACGUCAUCGAAUGCACAAAUUAACCAAAUGUAGAGAAACAUCAGUGUAUAGAAUCCUAUGGAGUAAGAUUUAAAAAAUGAAAAACGCUCAAAAAAUAAAUGUACUUCUACUAUAUUGAAAUCAAAUUUCAGUUCUUAAAUUUCAGCAGUACAAUUAUGUACAGAACUUUUCCCCCCAUAUAAUUUCAUUUCCUGGAGCUUUUUCAUUGUUACUGCUGUUGAUACUGCUUUUUUUUUUUUGUUUUUUUUUUUUGAAAAGGCUGUAUGGAUCUACAUUAAGAACGUUUUAAUUUGUACAGUCUAUUAAAAAUAUAUUAAAUAAAUUCUUGCCCUGAAUUUUCA